GUGCUGUGCGGUAUGCAGUUUUUACUGGCCUGCAUUUCUUAGUUAACAGGAUACAGAUGUAUUUAGUGCCAGAAAAUCUCAAAGUCCACCUCUGCUUCCGCCCCCUUCUCUGAUUGGCUAAUAGAAAUGGCAAAAGUUAGGGGAGGAAGAAAUCUCUGUCCUGCUGUAAUUUUGGUGGAAUGAUUUUUUCUUCCUGUCUUUCUCUCCUUGUUUUGCAGACACCAGUAAGACAGUAAGAUGGCCUCGGCACAUGACAGAGCUGUACUGCAGGCUAUAUUCAACCCCACCACCCCCUUUGGAGACAUUCCCGGCCUAAACCAAGAGGAGGAAUUAAUUGAUGAUGACAGUGGCUUUGACAGAGAGUUGCUGAAGCAAGUGAAAGAGCUGGAGAUGCGGGGUGUCUCAGCAGCAGAGACUGGGGAUUUACAAACUGCGCUUCAGCUGUUCAGCCAGGCAAUCCAGAUUCUUCCUCAGCGAGCCUCUGCCUAUAACAACCGGGCACAGGCCCUGCGACUGAAGGGGGACACAGCAGGAGCCCUGGGGGAUCUGGACCAAGCGAUUGCUCUGAGCGGCAGCACUGGGCGUACUGCCUGCCAGGCGCUGGUGCAACGAGGCCUUUUACAUAGACUAGCACGGCAGAAUGAUGAAGCCAGAGCAGAUUUUGAAAAAGCAGCUGCACUUGGAAGUGAAUUUGCUCGACAACAGGCUGUGGUCCUUAAUCCAUAUGCUGCCCUGUGUAACAAAAUGCUGUCAGAGGUGAUCAACAAAAUGCGCAACCCUGAAACAUCUGACAUGCAGUGAUGUAAAACAUUAGGUGUUCGUCUUCUCUGAAAGUCUGAAAUCAAUAAAUUAACCUUUUUAUGAUGUUC